AUGGAUCUGAUCACUCAUUUAUAUCGACGAGACUGUGGAAGCGGUGAUGACUGUGAGAAGCCGACCUCAAAAUUGCUGACCGAUGUCGUUCCGGCUGUUGUCACGGGAGUGGUUCUUAUAGUCGCUGGAAUCGUGUUUUUUAUCAUCGCCAGGCGCAGACGCAAGCAAUUCCAGAGGGAGGAGGACAAGGAACGCGAGUCUCUCGAAAUCGACGUUUAUGAGCCGUCGCACGCUCACUACCAGGGACCAGCAUAUGGCGAUCCGUUUAGCAAUUCACAAUCCCUGAUCCGGGAUCCCGACUAUAACGAGUUUUCAUUAGCACCGCCGACCCCCAGAAGAGAUCAGUCCCCGGCCAAGUCGUACAACACCGACUCCAGCUACGAGCCGCACUCAACCACAUCCCCACCUCCAGCCUAUCCGCACGGCGGGCCUAGUGCCAGGGAUCAUCAUCCAGAUAAUAAGAUAUAA